GUGAGGCGAGUUUGCGCCUUGGCCGAGACCGUGUACUCGCGCGCAUCGCACACUAAACGCAGUCGACCAACGGUGCUCGUAUCCCUCUCUCCCGGCCUGUUCGCGUGCGAUCCUCUUUAAUUGAGUAAAAAAAAAAAAAAUACAAAAAUUUGGUAAAAAAAAUUAAAAUAAAAUAAUAACCGUCUUAUUGUACCGCUACUCGUCGUCCGAGAUAACCGGCGUCACCCGAAAAGCCGCGACAGUCGCAGCCGCAUAGACAUUUUCGGACGCAAGUCAAAAAGAGCACACUUAUUUUUCGUCCUAUGAUUAGACAAAGGAGGCCCAGCAGAUCAUGUUCAAUUCUACUAUGGGGAGGGUUUCUGUUGCUGUAUGCUGGACUUACCGCUAUCAUAGACUGCACUAUGAGCACAGGACCUAGUGACAGUACCGUUCCGUUGUCCCAAGAAACACAAUGGUCGUCAUCGCCACUUCCCCAGUAUUCAGAUAGUCCUGCACCCGAUGACCUGCAAGCAACCACAACGUCAAAAAAAGAUAUCUCGACAUCACAAUAUACUACUCCGGUGGGAUCGACCCAGCUGAUUGAUACGACAACUGCCAAUACCACUAUCCCAGAGACUACUGAAAAAUGCACACCACCUGCGAUCAAACAGUUUCCACGACCGUUUAUGAGACCUCACGUUAGACGACGAGGAGGCGUUCUACUUCACAUCAUUGUGUGCAUCUAUAGCUUCUUAGGUUUAGCGAUUGUUUGCGAUCAUUACUUCGUCAAAUCGUUGGACAGGAUCUGCGAAGAACUAAGAGUAAGUCCUGAUGUGGCGGGUGCGACAUUCAUGGCGGCCGGAAGUUCUGCGCCAGAAUUGGCUACGGUAAUAAUAGGCGUUUUCCUAGCCAAAGACGAUAUCGGCGUUAGUGGUGUCAUCGGGUCUGCCGUAUUCAACAUAAUGUUCGUCAUAGCUGUUUGUGGUCUGGCCUCGUCCACCGUCACUUAUCUCAACUGGUGGCCGCUAUGCAGAGACUCUUUUUUCUAUACCAUCAGCAUACUCAUCAUGUUGUUCGCCAUCUACAACGAAACGAUAUCAUGGGUGGAGAGUUCUCUGUUGUUGCUGGCUUACGUGGUGUACUGUGUGGCUCUAUAUUACAAUUUGUAUUUGGAAGCCUGGGCUAACACUUGGAAUUUACCGUUCCCGCCCAGAAAUCAUGGUCAGAUCAACGAUUUGUUCGCGGAAAAACAAAUAGGAGAAGACGGACAAAAAAUUCAAGAGCAAAUCCAAUUGACGGGUACCAAAAGUCCCACAGGAUACGACUCGACAGGCGUGGACCAACAGGAAUCGAACCAAGUACCGAAAACCAGGCAACAGAAUCCCGACUAUUACAUUCCCAAAGAAUAUCAAGAGGGUGCCGAGACUGAUCCACUGGUAAAACCGGAAAACGGAACCAUCCUCGAUCAAAUCCAAUGGGCCAUAAUGUUUCCUAUAUACUACACAUGUCACUACACGAUGCCAGAUUGUCGCAAAGAACAAUUCAAGAGUUGGUACGGUCUCACGUUUGUCAUAUCAAUGCUUUGGAUAUCAGUGUAUUCGUAUAUAAUGGUUUGGAUGAUCACAGUUAUAGGCAAUACGCUUGGAAUUCCUGAUACAGUCAUGGGUCUUACAUUUGUCGCAGCCGGAGUGAGCGUGCCGGAUGCGUUGUCAAGUCUCGCCGUCGUAAAAGAAGGAUAUGGUGACAUGGCUGUUUCGAAUGCAGUGGGCAGCAACGUUUUUGACAUAUUAGUAUGUUUGGGACUACCGUGGUUUUUGCAAACUGCAGUGUUUAAUCCGGGCAGCACCGUAAAAGUAUACAGCAAAGGUUUGACGUAUUGUACCCUCACACUUUUGUCGACCGUAGUGUUCUUGUUGGUGGCCACUCACAUGAACGGAUGGAAGUUGGACAGGAAAUUCGGAGCAGUGCUCAUGUUAUGGUAUUUGAUUUUCAUUGCGAUUGCCAGCUUUUAUGAACUGAACGGCACAAUGAAUCCGCCUAGUUGCUUAACCGAUUACUAAUAUGUACCAAAGUUAGAAUUCCCAUAAAACAUUUAUAAUAAAAUCAUAGUUACAUAAUUUUAUUAUUAUUUAUAACUGUUUUUUAAUUUUUUAUGAGUUUGUUUAUUAUGUUUUGUUCAAACUAACGUUAUUCUCCUGUCGUGCCCGACAGUUCAGCAACCUGUGAUUAUUUGUAUAUUAAGUAAUAAUAUUAUAAACAAAUAUUGAAAUUUAAUAGCAUUAUAUUAUACAUUACUUAGUACACGCACUUGAACAGUUGAUAUUUCCGACACUACUUUAAACCAAACGAAUCGAGGUUUGUCAUCAAUGUUAGUACAUAAAAAUUAAUAAUGAUAAAACCAAAAUUAGCUACAAUUUUUGUCAACAAAUUUUGUCUAACUUUAUUUAACCAUAGCUAUCGUCUUGUUAAUUCUGUAAUUUUUUUUUUCUAGUUUCAUGCUUUAUAAUUCGCUCAAAUCAAUUGUGACGGGUUAGUGCAAAUCAAUAUUAAAAUUGAACAAUUAACGCUACAUUAUUUUUUCGUUCUUAAUAAUUUAAUAAGUUAGUUGAAACAAUAUCCUAAAAUUAUUUUUUUUAUAAUUGGAAACUAAUUUUUCAGUUAAGAAUUUCCAAUAAUAAAACGUAUUAGAUAAAAUAUUAUUGUUUCGAGGUAAAUUUUAAAACCAAAUUGUUACUAAGUAAAAUAUACUUUAUAAAACGUUCUUUUAUAAAUUUAACCUGUUGAUAACAUUAUAAAAGAAAAUAUUUUCUAUCUUUUGCUAAACUACGGUAAAUAAGCUUUAUUAAUGAAUUGCUGCCAUUGUUGCACUUUAUUGAAUACCUCUACCGUUACAAUUAUUAUAUUAAAUUAUAGUACAUGUUUACUAAAUAAUAAGCGAGACAAUAAUUAGCGCGGUAAGAUAUUAAAGUAAUUUCAUUUUUGUAUAUUAAUUUAUAAUAAUAAACUUAAUUAUAAGGUAACUUUUGAUCUUAAAUUAGGUAUAAUAUUAAAUUAUCUAAAAACCAUAAUGUAUGUUAAAUACAUAGAUACAAAAUACACAAAUUAAUACACUUGAUCAUUCAAAGCCCAAUUUUUGAAACUAUAAAACAUAGUUAACCUUGUUGCGGAAAUUGUUCAUAAAGUCCUCUUUCUCAGUGUUGUCAGAUAUAAUGUUUUUUUAAAAUUUGUAUGACCUAUUAUGUUAUUAUACAUGUCAUAAAAACCAUAUUAAGCGUUUGAUUGUUUUUUGUCUUAAUAUGUGUAUAUAUAUAUAUAUAUAUAUAGUUAACGAAAGUGGUUAUAAAACAUAAUAGGACGUCUUGCGUAAGGCUAUAAAGCUCAUAAUUAAAUAAUUACAAUUACAAAAUAAAACUUGGUUAUAAAAUAUAAUAUAAGUUAAAUGAUGUAACGAUUGUUGUUUCUGAGGUUAUCGGUCUAUCAUUGCUAUAUUGUAAAUUAUUUCGUUAAUAACUAAUGAAACCAAUGAUAAAUUAUAUUAUUAUUUAGCCCAAUUAUAUUAAUAUAUUAUACUUGGGUAAUUAUUAGUGACUGACACGCUUAGUAAUUGAUAUACUGUAUUAUUAUUAUUAUUAUUGGUAUUAUAAGUUUAUUAUUCCUAACUGUAUUUAUAUAAAACAAUACACUGAACAAUAAUUUUAAUGAUAGUGGUGUUUACUUAAUCGACUAUGGCGUAGGAUAUUAAUUUUAGUCAAAACGACAUUCUAGUCAAUUUAAAAUUGUAGAAAACGCUAUAUACUAAUAAUUUAAA